AUGAAAGUGAGGCAGAUACAAGAGAAGGCAGAGAAGGAAAUAAAGGUAGUGGGAGAUCUCAUAAAGUGGGUAAACCCUAAUACACCUCUUGUAGAUAUCAAAACACUUCGGCUUGGCCAAUUCACACCAGAAAAACUUAGGCCAGUCAAAGUGCUUUUCAACACGGAAGUAGAUGCGUUGUCCGUCCUCAGAUUUAAGAGUAAACUGGAGAGAACAAGAAAAUAAUAUGACCAAACUAAAGCAUAAAGAGCCUACUAAGGCAAGGGUAUACGAGAAUUUGAGGAGAGAACAGCAAAGGAUCGUCAAAUCCAGAGAGGCCAUGGCAAAUGCUGAAGGCAGCCAACAGCAGCCAAAAAACUUCCAAUAA